UGUCAACUAGUUAGGCACUAGGCUCGAACAAAUAUGUAUAGUGCAAAAUAAAUAAAAUCACUCCAUUUUUAUUGUAUUAAUCUAUAUCUAAAGCCUAAACGCGAAGAUUUAAAAAAAAAUAACAAUAAAAAAAAAGUCUUUAUAGUUUGUGAGGUUAUAAUGACUACAAAAGUACAUAAUCGAUUACAGAUUUUACCAAAACUUUUUAUGAAAGAAAAGUAUUAUUGUUUUCAUAAAAUUCACUAUAGAACAUAUUAUAAAGUUCUUUUCUUUGGUUCUGACCUAAUAUCCCUAAAAAGCUUACAAAAAGUUAACCAAUUUAAAAAAAGUGAAAACCUCAUCAAGCAGUUGGAUCUGGUUACUGCAAACAGCAGUAAAAAUAAAACGAUAAUUGAAAAAUAUGCACAAAUCGAAAAUAUAAAAUUAUUACAAUGGCCCAAUCUAAACAUUAGAAGUAAUGAAUAUGACAUAGGAAUUAUUGUAGCAUUUGGCCAUUUAAUAAAAGAUGAUGUUCUCAAUAAAUUUCCACUAGGCAUGGUCAAUGUUCACCCAAGUCUGCUCCCUCGAUGGCGUGGGGCAGCUCCUAUCAUUCAUACACUGCUGCAUGGAGAUGAAAUUGGUGGUGUCUCUCUUAUGAAAAUUAAACCCAAUAUAUUUGAUGUGGGUGAAAUAAUCAGCCAACAAGAAGUACCAAUUUCCAAAGACAUAAAAUUACCUGAGCUUACUGAACAAUUGUCGGAUAUCGGUGCGAAUAUGCUUGUGGAGUGUUUAAGAACAUUACCUGAAUGCCUUACAAAAGCAAAACCUCAAAAUAAGGAGGGUGUUACAUAUGCAAAGAAAAUACACAAAGAGAUAAGUGAGGUUCGAUGGUCUGACAUGAGUUCCAGAGAGGUCUAUAAUUUAUACCGUGCCAUAUAUGGAUUAUAUCCAUUAACAACAAAAUUCAGAGACAAACAAAUGAAACUAUUUCAUGCCUUUUUAAUUGACAAAGAUCCUGAAUACACAAACAAAUCAGUUGGAUCUCUAGAAUAUUGCGAGAAUACCAAAGCCAUUAGGAUAUUAUGUAAAGAUAAAAGAUUUAUAUAUUUUAAAACACUAAGAAUAUUAGGGAAAAGGGAAAUAUCAGCUUUAGAUUUUUAUAAUGGUUAUAUUAAAAAUGUUGCCCUAGAUGUAAGAAAAAGUGUGAUAUGUUAAAAUAUUAUAA